CGGGAGAGUGGAGCAAGCUGACUGGUGAGCUCUGCAAGGCCUAUCUGCGCUACUACGGCCUGCGGCUGAGCGACUCGAAGGCGAAUUUGAUCAGUCGCAUUCAGAGACAUUACGAACUCAAGGACGUCCAGUCAGCUAAGCGCCAGUACCCACGCGCGUCCUUCUUCAUCAAUUGUACAGGUGAUGUUUGCAGAAACGACGUUGUUCUCUUCAAUCAGCGAGUAUCCACAGGGUCGGUCUCAGG